CAGAGCCCGGAAGGAUUGGCAGCCUAACCUUAGCGUAAAGUUGCCGCAAACGUCGAUCCAUAAAACAAGAGAGAGCGAAGAGAUCAGGCUGAGAUUUUGCGGAGAGAUCAGAUCGAUCGAGAUCGGGAGAAUGGAUCCGGACGCACUGGCGAAGGCGUUUGUCGAGCACUACUACUCCACCUUCGACUCCAAUCGCGCAAAUCUGGCCGGUCUCUACCAGGAAGGCUCCAUGCUGACAUUCGAGGGCCAGAAGAUUCUCGGCUCCGCCAACAUCGUCAGCAAGCUCACCGGCCUCCCCUUCCAGCAGUGCAAGCACAACGUCACCACCGUCGACUGCCAGCCAUCUGUCACUCAAGGCGGCUUCAUCGUCUUCGUCAGCGGCAGCCUCCAACUCGCCGGCGAGCAGCACGCCCUCAAGUUCAGCCAGAUGUUUCACUUGAUGCCAACACCCAAUGGAAGUUUUUACGUGCACAACGACAUAUUCCGCUUGAACUAUGCAUGAAGGCUCUGGAUACUAGUGUCUAUUGGGGUUUGUGUUUCAUUGAUGAUGGAAAUGUCAACAAAAACAAUUGAAGAAAAUUGGCAUGCUUCUGGGUGUCAGAUGAUACUUUGGUUUCGAAUGUGUUUUGUUUGUCUUGGUUACUACUAAUAUUUCAGUUUUGAUUCAAAUCGACUGAUGAAUUUGAUGAUCGCUGUUUAGCCUGUAUCUUACUAUGGCACAGAUAAGAGAUUCAG